UGAGUAAUAAUUUUUCUAUUUAGUGAUAAGUAUAAUAUCCCUGUAAAGCUGUCUUUCUUGUCGUUACUGUAUUUGGUAGUGUAAGGGCUUAGGACUAUAAGUAAGAGAGUCACAUACAAGUCUCCUUCACACCCAAGAAGCUAUAGAAAGAAAGAAAGAAAGAGAUCAGUUUGCUAAUACCAUGGCUACCCUUGUUGUUCCUCAGAAUGUUUCUGUUGUUGAAGAUGCAGAAAAUCUCAGAAAAGCUUUUGAAGGAUGGGGGACAAAUGAGAAGGUUAUAAUUUCAGUUCUUGCGCAUAGAAAUGCAGCUCAAAGGAAACAGAUCAGGCUAGCUUAUUGGGACCUUUACCAAGAAGAUCUUGUUAAGCGUCUUGAAUCUGAGAUCAAGGGAGAUUUUGAGAGAGCUGUGUACAGAUGGAUAUUGGACCCAGAAGACAGAGAUGCAGUAUUAGCGAAUGUGGCUCUAAAGAAAUCUUCUGAUUAUCAUGUGAUCGUUGAAAUUGCUUGCGUUCGAUCUUCAGAAGAGCUCUUGGCUGUGAGGAGGGCUUACCAUGCUCGCUACAAGCAUUCCUUAGAAGAAGAUGUGGCAGUUCAUACCACCGGCGAUAUCAGGAAGCUCUUGCUAGGGUUGGUGACAGCUUUUAGGUAUGAAGGUGCUGAAGUAAAUUCAAGAUUGGCCAAAUCUGAAGCUGAUAUUCUUCAUGAUGCGAUCAAGGACAAGAAGAUUAACCAUGAUGAAGUGAUUAGGAUCUUAACUACAAGGAGCAAGACACAGCUCAUGGCUACCUUCAACAGCUUCAAAGACAGCCAGGGCACUUCCAUCACUAAGGUUCUGUUGGGUGAGACUGCUGAUAACGAGUACAAACGAUUGCUCCGCAUAGCCAUUCGAUGCAUCAACGAACCUAUUAAGUACUAUGAGAAGGUUUUGAGGAAUGCAUUCAAAAAGUUUGGGAAUGAUGAGGAUGCAAUUACUAGAGUGAUUGUCACAAGGGCAGAGAAGGACUUGCAACUAAUCAAGGAGCUUUACUACAGCAGGAACAGUGUGCCUCUUGAUCAAGCAGUGGCCAAGGAAACUUCUGGGGAUUACAAGGAUUUCCUGCUUGCUCUGCUAGGAAAGCAGGAUUAAGAUUAGUAUCUUAAUCAUUUAAGAGUAUUUAAGUUGGAAAAUAAAUAAUGGUUUUGUGAGCUUUCAUUUUGAAUUUGUGUUGGUCUUGAGAGCUUUCUUUCUGGUGUGAGACAAUUUGUAGCCUAUUUUAUGCUAUCUUUAUUUAUUGCAGAGUUUCUCUAAGAA